AUGAUAACUAGGGUGUAUAUAAAAUCGUACUUGAGAUGCGUCAGUCGCUUGAUAACCAGAAGCAAUACGUUCCAUGAUAAUACACUUCAGUGUGAACAAUAUCUCUUCCUUAUAGUUAAUUCCUUCGAAUUGAGCAUGUUAAAUCUCUUUCGUAGUCUUUACUUCUUAUAUAAAUACUCUCAAAAUCAAGUAAUUGCAAACGACAAUAGAAUUGAAUCAAAUUUGCAUAUAUACUUGAUAUUGAGCUCUCUCAUUUUAUCGCAAAGUGAGCAGAGUAGAAAAGGGUACUCCUUAACUACAUGGAAGGAUAUCAGUAACGAAAUUUCUGAGUCGAGUGGCUUGAAAAUUCAGGUUGACACGAAAUUGCUAGAAAUGUUGGAAUCUUAUUUCCUAGCUUGUUUAGGAGGUGAAAUAACCAACACGCCCAUGGAUUUAAUUGAAGACGAUACAGGGUUUUUGAUGAAUAUAGAAGAAGCUGUGAGGUCAGGAUACACUCAAGAAGCCAGGAAGUUUAUUAUCAUGAAUAGUGAGAGAGGCAUGCAUUCUAACUACAAUUGGAAUGCAAUAUCACCAAUACAGAGAGCACAUACUUCAUUCAGUACCAAUAAGAGCGACGAAUUUGAUGAAACAGAGACAAGCUCCAACGAAGAAAGAGAUAUUGAAAGUCAAGAAUUCACCUCAAUUACGCCAUAUCUUAAAUUUUACGAACUCAGAGAUUUAAAUGUAUCCAAGAAUACAAAAAAGUUUAGAUUUGUACAGCCACUAACUGUGAAUAAGAUGACCGAAGGCUAA